CUGCAAGGAGCACGCCCGGUCAGAAUUACAAUGAAGAUAUAUAUUAUAUGGACCAGGAUCAUGGUAUAUCUCACCUUUGGGGAUACUCCCACAAGCAAUAAUGAAGAUAACGAGCGCAUAAUAGGGGUGGGUCUUCCACCGGGACCAGUCUACCAUGACGGCGAUUGGACAGCGAGAGGAUUAAGGGAUUAAGGGGGCGCAAUGGAAUGUGAUUUGUUCGAUUAUCCCGAGAUCGAAAAAAUCCGGGGAAAUCAGACGAUGACAACAGCUAAGCGAUCCUUCGAUAUAUUAUUAUUACCAUCGGAAGGUAGUAUAAACGAGGGCCGGGUACUCUCCGAACUGGAGACGGGAAGAGGACCUUUUCGGCGCGAUGGGGGCAAACGGACGGCGAAGAGUUUUAAAAGAGGGCUUCGAGGUCACGCCCCUUCCGCCUCGGUCAACUUCCGCUCUGUCGCCAUGCAUCUUCUCCUCCUUCAAUCUAAAAUUUUUACUCCUCACUUGUGUAAUGACAUGAAGAUCUUCUCAGAUUCAUUGAAUCGUGCUGUUCUAGGUUACGCCGUGCAGAAAAAUGCAGAAAAAUUACUGCAUCUAGUCAUCUGUCACUCGGGGAAUGCGGCAUUAGGGGCUUUAGGAAGAACGUGUGGACUCUCUUCCAACUUGGCACGGUUCAGGGUGUGGCCGUUGUCGGCUGUCUCCGCCCAUAUUAAUCCACUCUCCAUUCGCUUAGUACGUGGAAGGACUUAGGAGAGAGAGACCCUUACUGCUACUGGGGAUCUUUACACCGUAUACAGAGUACGCCAUCGAUGGAAGGGAUGAUUGUUUUUCCUAGAGUAACCAGCAGUGACACCUGAGAUAUCAUCCUACCAUUGGUUCACUCAUUCGUAUAACUUCCGGUUAGAUCGGAUUAUCCGAAGCCCCCGGGAAAGAGUAUAUUUGAUAGUAUCCGCAGUCUGCUGAACUCCCUCACGGA